AUGCGGUUAAGUUUCUGUGCCGUCCUAUGGUUGGGGCUCCUCCUUGGCCAGCGCUCAGCUUACGCUCUUCUGGAAGUCUUCCAAGUGUAUCAACCCGUGCCCGAUGCAGGUACUGGGAACGAUCAAUGUGCGGGGGUAGAGCUGGUUCUAGUAGAUCAUGACUUUGGUUACAGCUAUGGUCUUCCUUACGUCAAUUUCUAUGAGCCGCCGCCCUGCACUUUUGACACUGUUCGCAUCAACCUUACUGUCACCUCGAUGGGCAGACAGUAUGAUCGUCUCGCAAUUUUGUACCUUGGCGAUGUUGAAAUAUGGCGGACGUCAACUGCCGAACCAACCAGCAAUGGCAUUGCUUGGACGUAUGUCAAAGACAUGUCACAAUUCAACGCCCUGUGGAAGGAGAAACAAAAGAUCAUCUUUGACCUCGGGAAUAUCAUUACCGAUGUCUACACCGGUUAUUACAACACAACAUUGACGGCCUAUUUCUCUUACGAAAGCAAUGUUAAAACACCUGAUGCUAUCUUGCCUAUCUCUGCAAGAAGGUCGGCACAAAACUCGUCCAGCGAUUUUGAAUUUCCGUCAGAAAACACAACAGUGCUUCACCAGAUCCCCUCCAAUACGACACGUGCUGUCGUUUCAAUCGCUGCCACCGGUCAGUCGACGGAAGAAUUCUGGUGGUCAAAUGUCUUUACAUCCGACUCGUGGUCUUUCAAUAACACCAUAGGGGAACUAUAUGGGUAUACCCCUUUUCGCGAAAUUCAGCUUUACAUUGAUGGCCUACUGGCAGGGGUAGUUUGGCCAUUCCCUAUAAUUUUCACUGGUGGUGUCGCGCCAGGGUUCUGGCGUCCGAUUGUCGGCAUUGAUGCCUUCGACUUGCGGCAGCCAGAAAUCGAUAUUACCCCGUGGCUAUCCAUGCUCCUGGACAAUGAGACCCACUCUUUCGAGAUCAGGAUUACAGGGCUCGAUGUUGCCGAGGAUGGAACUGUCACAUUCUCAAAUACUGUUGGGUCCUAUUGGGUCGUGACUGGGACUAUAUUUCUGUAUAUGGGUGAAUCCGCACAACGUUAUUCUCCUUCUUUCGUGCCUAAGAUAACAGCUCCCCCGCCCAAGUUUACAGCGACCCGGGACCUCCUACAGAAUGUAUCAGGAGACAAUGAGACGUUGACGUAUUCGAUCACAGCCGAGAGAACCUAUACAGUACAGUCUUUUGAUUAUGCCUGGAGCCAGAACCUUUCCUACUCGAACUAUGGAAUCUUGAACUCGCAAGGGUUGAGCCAGAGCAAUCUUCAGCAUACUUCUGGACGCAACCAACUCACAGGCGGCAAAUCCCCGAAUGAGGUCGCAUUCGACUAUCCUCUGGUUUGUAACCAGACUUACAAUUUGGACGACGGGCUUAGUAUCAGUGCUUGGCUGCGUAGGGGACUUGAUAUUGAAGCUACCGGAGGCCUGGGUAUUUCAACCUACACUCUUACAUCAGGAGCACUGGACUUGCACACUGAGCAACAAGGCACGGCUUUUUAUCAAUCAACUUCGGAAGAUAGUGUGUCAUACGGUGAAACAAAAGACGUCUUCGACAGCAAUGCCAGUGGCGUCUCAUACAGCCGGAAAGUACAUGCAGUUAACAGCAGUGUGGUUUACGACUCGGACAGUCGGCAUUAG